AUGGAAGUACUAUACACCCACAUCCUACCUCAUCUCCCCCUCCCAUUACAAGAGAUUGUCCUCAAUCCACCCUCUUUCACCGACCCUCAAUCAUUCAUACCCAUCAUCAAGCUCUUACUUCCCUACACCAAGUGGAUUCUUGUCUUAUCGGCCGUGUACAUCCUAUGGUCAUUCCUCUCAGGGAUAUUUGGGAUGUUCUCCCGAGUGUUGAGGUUCAGUAUGAAGAUUGGACCUAUCAUAGGUUUGGUAGCCUAUCUUAUGAAUAGUUCAGGACAGGGAUCGAUGGAUGAAUUAUUUGGUUUGGUCAAACAAUACUUUGGAUUGGCACCUCAACAAGCUGGAGGAGGUUGGAGUCCAGGCAUAGCCUCUUUGGCAUCGUUAUUCACCGACCAAUCUGGAUCGACCAAGAAUAGGAAGAACAAGAAGAACUCUUGGACUGGAUCUGGUAUAGGUAAAGGAAACGAUCCAAUUUCCUCUCGAACAAGGAAUCAGAAGAAUAAGAAAUCUACUAGUGGCGGGGAGAAUGCAGGAGAUAUAUUUGAGAAUCUGGUUAAUCAAGCUACCAACGAAGAGAACAUUAAUGCCGUACAGGACUUUGUCAAGAGUUCGUUAGCGAAAGCAGCUGGGUUAGAUUGGUUAUUCGGAGAUAGUAACAAGAAGGAAGAGGAUAAAUCGAAGAAUUGGAAGAGUAGGUAG